AUGGCAACUCUGUGGGGACGGAGGGCAGGGACCGUGGGACUGGGGGUUCUCCUCGUCCCCCUCUUCGUCCUCAGGGUGGCUGCAGGCUCCCAGCUGCAGAUCUACACCCCCCCGUCCUCCCAGGCCCCGCUGGGCUCUGGGGCGCUGCUGAAAUGCCGGUUCAGCAUUGGGGAGCAGAUUGACCUGAGCUCCCUGCGGGUUCAGUGGCAUUUCUCAGGGCGCCGGAUACUGGAGUACCCACCGGGGCAGGGAGCACCCCAGCCCGGAGCCAGCAUCUCGGAGCAGGAGCUAAGGAACGGGAACGCCUCGCUGUCGCUGGCCAGAGUGACGCCGUUUGACCAGGGGCCCUAUAAAUGUAUCGUCGGGUACGGCGUGGAGGAGCUGCAGAGUGAGACGACCCUCAGCGUGGCCGCGGCUCCGAGAAUCUCCAUCCCCCGGCGAUUGGCCAGGACAGAUACUGAGAGCUUUUUCCUGUGCCACGUGUGGGGAUUCUACCCCCGGGACGUCACCAUCACGUUGCUGAGAGACGGACGGGUUCUGACCCACUCCACCUGCUCUGCCCCCCAGAGGAACCCAGACGGGACCUUUAACCUCACCCUGACCUACACCUUCACCCCCAGCGCAAGCGACUCCGGCAGCAUCUUCUCCUGCCACGUCAGCCACGCGGCUCUGGCCCAGCCCCUGCAGGAGGAGUUCCCUCUGGAUGUCACAGAGUCCCAGCUGAUCGUGUCCGUGGGGCCCUCUCCGGUGAGGGCCGUGCUGGGCUCGGACGUGCUGCUGCCGUGUAGCUUCGCUGUGGGCGAACCCAUCAGUCUGUCUAAAUUCUACCUGGCCUGGGCCCGGGGAGGUGAGAAGGUGGCUGAGUACCUCAGAGAACAGCCGACUCAGCAGCCCGGGGUGAAGCUUUUCCCGGAGGAGCUGAGCAGGGGGAACUGCUCCCUGGGGCUGAGGAAUGUGAGGGUGGAGGACGAGGACAGAUACACCAGCACCCUCAUCUACACGCCCGACCGAUCUGAGCAGCACCUGGAGCUGCAGGUGACAGCUGCUCCCAGACUCUCCAUCCCCCGGCGAUCGGCCGGAACAGACGCAGCGACCUCCUUCCCCUGCCACGUGUGGGGAUUCUACCCCGGGGACGUCACCGUCACGUGGCUGAGAGACGGGCGGGUUCUGACUGACGCCUCCCGCUCUUCCCCCCAGAGGAACCCGGACGGGACCUUUAACCUCACCCUGACCUACACCUUCACCCCCACCGCGAGCGACUCCGGCAGCAUCUUCUCCUGCCGCGUCAGCCACUCGGCCCUGGCUCAGCCCCUGCGGGAGGAGUUCCCCCUGGAUGUCACAUCAGGUGCAGGCGCGGCUCCUUCGAAGGCCAUCACUGGGGUCUGCAUCGCACUGCUGCUAGUCAUGGUGGCUGUGUUAGCCAUUUACUUCUGGAGACGGAGGAGGGGGCGGAAAGGUAACACGGGCCCAGCCCAGUGGCUGUGGGGAUGCAGAGUGUCCGGGGAGGGGUGA